AUGCCCUUAAAUCUUUUUGCGUCUCUUCAAACAUUCUUGCAAAAAUUCGCUGGGCACUUUACCAUUGGACCGGAUAAAUGCCAUUUUGCUAUUGUUUUGUUUGACUCGGAGGGCAUUCAGAAAGUCUAUGAGUUCACAGAGGGUCAAGAUCUUGCGACUGUUCUGGACCAUAUCAAAUCAUUGGCACCUCGUAAUAGUGACAGUUUUAAAACAGCCGACUAUCUCACAGCUCUUAAUUUCAUCGUCAAUAACAUUUCGUUAACAUCAAAUGGUAAACGAAAAUCCACUCAGAGUUUCGCGACUUUCCUCACAGCUAGCAGUGACAACAAUUAUUCAAUCACGGACAUUAAUCUUUUGAAUAAAACGAAAAGCCUUUAUGUGACUCAAGUUCUUUGCCUUGACAAUGGCUCAAUUCCCACGUUUGCGAAACAGCUUGCAAGCCAGGAAACAUACGCUUACAACGUUGAUGAUCUCCUUGAUUGGUCGACAUCAGCAACCGGAAAGAAAUCGCCUAUGCAAGCUUUCUUCGCCGAUCUACAAAUUGAAAAUCAAAUGGCUGUGCAAAAAGGAAUACUCGAGACAACUGAUGUAAAAGCUGAUAUUAUCUUUGUGCUUGAUUUGGCAAAUCUAAACGACAACUUCAACUCGAUGAUUCAAUACUUCAACGAUUUUACCGCGAAGUUCACAAUUGGGCAAUUCAACGCUCAAUUUGCUGGCAUGUCGUUUGGAAGUCAGACACAAGAUCAGUUCACGUUGUUGGCAUGCGGAAGGAAUCUCACUCUAGGAGCUUUAAAGAAUUUAAACGAGAACCAAUUGAUUUCCUCGAGUGGUUGGCGACAUUCGAAGACUUAUAUUCUCAUGUUCUCCGCUCAAUCGAGUCCGAUUUGGAAUAUGGAAGAAUUGGACGAAAUCUGCUAUCAAUUGCACAAUAAAAACGCUUUUCUUUACUACGUUGAUAUGGCAAAUGGAGCGAUGCCAGACGAAAUGAAGAAAUAUUUUGAUGGAAACACUUCAAUUAGUAAUCCCAACCAGCUGCAAAUGAACUCAACAGCUGAUCAAGAUCUCGUCCUCGCUGUUACUUCAAGUUACCAUGCAUACCAAUAUCCACCACUACGCAAUUUAUCAACUGUCAUUGCUGAUUUCGUUUUUGUUGUCGAUCUUUCAAACACUGGAGUUUUAGCGCAGGUCAAAGAUGUACUUUCAAAUCUCAUUGAUGGAAUGAAUAUCAAUGCUAACAACUCUCAAGCCUCAUUGAUCGUCUACAAUGAAAAUGGGAUUAUAUCUGAGUCAACCUUUGUUCUGAAUCAAUAUCAAAAUGCAAAUGAUUUACAAAAAGCUCUUGAUAAUAUGAAUCAAACAACUUCGACGCCGACAACAGAUUUUGGGAAAGCUUUAGUGUAUCUAGAAGAACGAAUUUUCAACAAUUCUUUCAAUGACCAAAAUCAAGACGAGAUUUUAUGGUGGCUAAAUCAAACAGUUACCAUGGUAAACGAGUUGGGUAGAAACUGGAAUCAUUUCGAACGAAUGGCUGUUUUCUCGUUUGACAGCGAUUUCUAUGUCGAGAAAAGCCUUCACAGUAUGAACAACUUUGCCGACUUUUCAGCUGGAGUUCUCAAUAUUCAGCCAAGCAACGAAACGUUGAAUUUAGCAAAUGCUUUACAAGCGAUUGAUGAGAGUCAGUUACCAUACGCUGGUUUGCUUCAAAAUGUGAUUAUGUUUCUGGAUGAAAGUGUGAAUGAUACCAUUUCCCAAGCUAUUCCAUUUGCUCAAAAUUUGAUGGCAAAAGGAACAGUUUUAGCUGUGACAAUAAAUGGAAGCGCAUUUUGGCAACUCGGCAGCAAUAACACAGCUGCAUUUUCCUGCUUUCCCAAUCUCACUCCAUACGAUUGUAUUUGGAAAAUUGAUGCUUUUCUAGGUGCCGUGCUACCAACGACAACAAUCCGACCUACUACAAGCUAUUCUCAGAUUUGUCGGCCACUUGCAUCCAGUUCCACUUAUAUCUCAAGUUUUGCAACAACAACCUAUACGGACUUCUAUUCUGACGCUUCAAUAAGAAUGAAAUAUAUGCUGAAAGAUCUGGCAAUAUACUGGAAUCACUUUGAUGGUGUCGAUAUUUCAUACAUUGGCGAAAGUUUUUAUCAACUUCGCGACUAUGGAGACAUCCACAACUACAAUGAUUUUGAUGCUGCAAUAACAAACUUGCCAUAUGCAGACAAUUUUACGGAUCUUUUAACAGUCCUUCAAGCUGCUAAUCAAAUUUUAUCAAUAUGCGAAUUUGGCAAUCAAAACGCCGUUCUAUUUGUCGAUUCGGAUCUCUUUGAUUUGGAGAUAGAUCAAGGCACGCUAGAUGAAGCGGACAAACUCAAAGCCAAAGGUGGCCUCAUCUUUGUCGCGAUGGGAUUUAACUUGUCUCAAUAUCCGACAAUCGAAAAGAAAUACGAGACGGCGAUGUGGCAAAAUCUUAGCGAUUGGAGCUCUAAUCAAUUCAGUUAUCAAUCUACUCUCUCAAAAGUGGCUACGUUUUUAGGCGUUUCCGAUUAUCAUGCCACUCCACCACCACCUUCUGACUGGCCAAUUCAG